CGACAGUCGGCACUCCCUUCGGGACCUCGCCACGGACAGGAUGUGUGUGACGCGCGCGAUCUGUCUGCUUGUGUUGGCGACCGUAGCGGCGGCAUCCCAGGAUGCCCGCCCGCUGGUGACCGUCGAGUCAGGUUCGCUGCGUGGUCUGAAACAGCGUUCACUCUCUGGACGUUACUACGCAGCGUUCAAGGGCAUCCCGUACGCCGAGCCACCAGUGGGUGCUCUGAGAUUCGAGCCGCCGCAGCUGCACCGCCCCUGGACCGGCGAACGAGAUGCCUCGGCGCAUGGAAACAACUGCCUGCAGUACAGCAUGAUGCACAACUUCUCCAAGCUGGGUCAGGAGGAUUGUUUGUUCCUGAAUGUGUAUUCGCCUCGCCUGCCGGAGUCAAAAGAAGAGAAAGGUCUUCCGGUUAUGGUCUGGGUGCACGGUGGUGGCUUCAUCAGCGGAUCUGGCGACGACGACAUCUUCGGCGUCGAUUAUCUUCUGGACGAGGAUGUCGUCGUGGUGACUUUCAACUACCGCUUGGGCGUCUUCGGCUUCAUCACGACCGAGGAUGGCUUCGCCACCGGCAACCUGGGUCUUCGUGACCAAGCUCUGGCGCUUCAGUGGGUGCGUGAUAACAUCGCGGCUUUCGGAGGUGACCCAGAACUCGUCACUAUCUUCGGGGAAUCUGCAGGAGGUGCCAGUGUCUCGCUUCUGGUGGCCAGUCCUCUUACAAAAGGCCUGUUCCACCGGGCCAUCAGUCAGUCGGGGUCUGCCAGCUCUUGCUGGUGUCUGGCGGGAGACCAGCAUGAAGAGUUGGCGGUGCUUACCACAGGACUUGGCUGCCCCGAGAGCGGUGCCGCCGCGCUGGAGUGCCUCCGUCAGAAACCUGCCGAUGACAUCAUGAAGGUGGUGGCUAGUGUUGGUUUUGACGCUGGCGGCCUGGCGCUGCAGUUUCAUCCUCGUGUCGACGCCGAUGCGAAGGAACCGUUCGUGCCCGAUCAGCCUAACCGCCUGCUGAAGAGUGGUCGCUUCAACAGGGUGCCUUGGAUGAUGGGUUCCACGCAGGACGAGGGUCUCUUCGUCGCCGGCUUCCUUCACCGUGACUCUGAGGUUCUUGCUCGCGCACUCAAGGGAGACUUAGAGGCAUGGUCGUCCGCAUCGUUCCUUUGCGGAGAAGGCCUUUCAUCUAAGACCGUCAACGGCGCUCCUCUUGAAGUGGCCGAGAAGAUCCGCGACUUCGUCCUGAGUAAGGGAGGCAACCCCACCGCGGCACUCAUCAAGUUCUUCAGCGACCGUUUCUUCACACUGGGCAUGAGUGCCGAGCUGUCGCUGGCUUCCGAACUUGUCCCCGUCUACCAGUACCUGGUGGACCAUAUCGGCCCCGGCCAGAUGCGCUUCGCCGACAUGAUCGGUGUCGAGGCGCCUCCUCUGCCUCUCGUCUCUCACGGAGACGACAUGGCCUACCUCUUCCGCGCGGCUCUCCAGCGUCGUCCGGAGCCAGGAUCGCCCGAGUACGCGCUCGUGCGGCUGUUCGUACGGCUGUGGACGAGCUUUGCCCAGCGCGGCUACCCCUCAGCUCCUGAGCUGGGAGUAGAGGACUGGCCCAUCUACACCUCCCAGAGCGGGACCUACCUCCGGCUGAACGCUGCCCCGGCGCUUGCCGAGAAGUUCGCCGAAGAGCGUGUCCGGUUCUGGGAGAGCCUUCCUCUGAAGGAGCCAUGGAACGCGCAACGUUGGAGUUCGUCGAAAGACGGUCAUGAUGAACUGUGAAUUGUGACCGUCCGAUGCGAAAAUGAUAGUGAAUGUCAUGCCUGUAGGAAUGCUAACCAAUGAAUAGUUAAAAAAUCGUUUUUAAUACGGUGAAUAGUUAAAAAAUCGACAUCUGAUUCCAAUGACCAAUACCGACCUCAGAAGUCAGAAGUGUCCGAUGUGAUCGAUGAUACGGUGCAAAAUGUGAGCUGGAUUGGAUGCACAAUGUGAUAGAUGUGGCACCAUUGAUACCUACCUGUCAUAGAGCUUAGUUGACUGUUGUAUGAAUACGUUCGACUAUGAGCGUACCUAGUUGCCUUGCUACAAAUGCUACAUUACAUUACCUAAUACAUAUCAGCUCAAA